AAUAAUCAAACACAGAAAUUUCUCUAACUUUGUUGUGGCAUCAGAUGACGAACUUUAUCUUCUUCUUUUGUUUUGUAGCGCAGACUUUGUUUCAGAGUCUUUUCCAUCGUAACAUCUCAUACUCAAAAUUCUCAAACCCAUAAGUUUCAUCCAUCCCCUUUCAUAUAUAUUAUGUCUUGGUUCUGGCUCUCUUGAUCCCUUUGGUUCUAAACUUGUGUUACUGUGUAUUGCCUUUGAAUUUUCCUUCUUGUGCAUUGCGACACCUUCGGUAUUUGGUAAUUCGUGAAGAAAUCUGCUGCUGAUAUAUACUUAAACGGCAGAACUCUUUCAGUGCUUCGUCUCCCUGCUAAUUCAAGAAACAAUGGGGGAGGCUUAUCUUGUGGCAUUGCUUCAAGUGCUGGUUGACAAGUUGGCGCAUCGUGAGGUGUUCAAGUACUUUGGACUCAUAAAGGGCGUCGACCAAAAGCUGCAGAAAUGGACUGCCACCUUGUCUGCAAUUGGAGCUAUUCUGAAUGACGCGGAGGAGAGGCAACUAAUUACCGAGAGCAAGCCGCUGAAGCUUUGGCUGGAUGAUCUCAGGUACUUAGCUUAUGACGUGGAAGACGUAUUGGACAAAUAUGCUACUAAAAUGCUCAAACGGGAGAUAGAGCUAGGACAUUAUGCCGGCACCGCAAGAAGGGUCUGGAACUCAGUUCCUAAUGGUGUUUUCAACUACAAAAUGAACUCAGAAAUACAGAAGAUUACUGAGCGUUUACAAGAGAUAUCUCACCGAAAGGACCAGCUUAGUUUGAAUAUCAUUACUGGGAUGACGUCGUCCACUAAGGCACGUCAAAAUUUACCUCCCAGUUCCAGUCAACCAGAUGGACCUGUGAUUGGAAGGGACGAAGACAAAAGGCAGGUCGUGGAAUUUCUGUCGAAACAAGAGCGUGGUGCCGUCAAUUUCGAUGUAGUUGCCAUUGUUGGUAUGGCUGGAGUCGGAAAGACAACACUUGCUGCACAAGUGUUCAAUGAAAUUGAUGCAACCCAGCAAUUUGAACCGGCUGCUUGGGUAUGCGUGUCUGAUGACUUCAACCUAGAAAGAGUGACAAAGAAAAUUUUCGAAUCAGUCACAUCCCGGCACUGUCCUACAGAAGAUUUCAAUCAGGUUCAACAGUAUCUGCAUAAGGAAUUAGCUGGGAAGAAGUUUUUUAUUGUUUUGGAUGAUGUUUGGGGCACAUGUAGCUAUGGUCUAUGGAUGAAACUGCAGUCCCCAUUUCGCGAUGGAGCAGCAGGAAGCAAGAUAAUUGUGACAACGCGUGACGCAGAAGUUUCGAAAAUGAUGGGAGCUGGCACUCUAGUUCAUAAUUUGGAGCCUAUGUCAAAUGACGUUUGUUUUGAAGUAUUUGAGCAGCAUGCAUUCAGGAAUGUUAACAGAGAUAUACCACCAAAUUUCGAGUCACUCAAGGAGAAAAUUGUUGCAAGAUGCAGUGGAUUGCCUUUGGCUGCUAGGACUCUUGGCGGCCUUUUACUUCGUAAAGAGAUGAAUGAAUGGGAGGAAAUAUUGAACAACAAAUUAUGGAGUCUAUCAAAUGAGUGUGACAUACUUCCGGUAUUAAGAUUAAGCUAUCACUAUCUUCCUUCACAUUUGAAAAGAUGCUUUGCCUAUUGUUCGAUACUUCCAAAUGACUAUCAAUUUAGUGAGCAGCAAUUGAUCCUUCUGUGGAUGGCAGAGGGUUUGAUUCAACCACAACCAGAACAUAAUAAGCAAAUGGAAGAUUUAGGAACUGACUAUUUUCAGGAGCUCUUAUCGAGGUCAUUAUUUCAGAAAUCAAGCAAAAACAAUUCAAAAUAUGUAAUGCAUGACCUCAUUGUUGGUUUGGCACAGUGGGCAGCAGGAGAUAUUUGUUUUAGAUGGGAGGAUAAGCAGAAUAGCGAUCAUGUACAACUUGGAUGUUUUCCAAAGGCCCGCCAUGCGUCCUACAUUUGUGGUGACUAUGACUAUGAUGUGGUUAAAAGAUUUGAGGCAUUUUCUGAAGUGAAACAUUUGCGGACCUUCCUGCCUCUUUCUCAUGGUUAUCCUUGCCAUUGUCUAAGUCGUACGGAUCCUUUUGUUUUGUUGCCAAAAUUGCAAUACUUGCGGGUGCUUUCUCUCAAUGGCGAUAAUGUAACAACCCUCUAUCUCAUCAAUAUUGGUAAAUUGAAGUAUCUGCGGUAUCUUGAUCUCUCUCACACACAGAUAACAAGUUUGCCUAAAUCAACUACCUCUCUUUACAACUUACAGACAUUGUUAUUGGAAGGUUGUCAUUAUUUGAAGGCACUACCUAGAAACUUAGGGAAUCUAGUGAAUCUGCGUCAUCUCAAUAACUCAGAUGUAGGUUCACUGAAAGCAAUGCCUCCGCAACUAGGUCGGUUGACGAAUCUACGAGCUUUGUCUAAUUUUGUGGUGGGUAAAGGUAGUGAUCAAUCGGGUAUAAGAGAGAUAGGGUCCCUAUUCCAUCUCCGAGGGACAUUGCGCCUCUCAAGAUUAGAGAAUGUGAUUGAUGCUGAGGAUGCACGGAGGGCCAACUUAAAAUGCAAGGACAGACUUGAUGAAUUGGUGCUAGAAUGGUCGAGUGACACACAAGAAACACAAUUAGGUGUGCUUGACAGAUUAGAACCUCAUAGAAUGCUCAAAAUUCUCAGAAUUAGGGGUUGAGGAGCUCGUUUAUUCUCUACUAUGGUUGAUGUAAGGUUAAACAACUGUGAGAAGUGCAAAAUCUUGCCACCACUUGGACAAUUGGCUUCACUCAAAAUGCUUUAUAUUAGAGGAAUGACUGCAGUGGAAAAUGUUGGUCCUGAGUUUUAUGGAGAGAGUAGCUUGCCUUUUCCAGUACUAGAGGAUCUUAAGUUUUCAGAUAUGCACAACUGGAAGAAAUGGCUUCCUUUCGCACAAGAUCAGGUUUUCCCUUGCUUGAAGUUGCUUUCUAUCACAAAUUGCCCUCAAUUGGAGGGUAAGUUGCCCGAGAACCUUGAUUCAUUAGCAACACUUGAAAUUAUUAAAUGCGAGGAAUUGGUGAUUUCAAUUUCCAACUAUAAACAAAUUGGUGCAUUAAAAAUCGACAGUUGCAAAGCGGUGGUGAAGACAAGUGGCGUUGAGUUUGAGUUAUUAAAUUCCUUGGAACUUUCAAAUAUUUCAGAGCUGAGGUUCCAAACAGGGGAGUUCACCAAAGGAUUAAGGAAGGUUGCAAAAUUGAGGAUUGGCGGAUGUGAGGAGCUGACAUCUUCACUGAAGAAUGAGGAUAGAGUAUUGCAACACUUGAUUUCUCUUCAUCGUUUGGUUAUUGAAGGAAACUCUUCCCUCCUUGAAAAGCUGGGAAAAGAAGCAGAGGAGUUGCUGCAAUUGCAAAUAUUGACUUGCAAGCUUAAAUAUCUAGAAUUAAACAAGUGUGCAAGUCUUUCGAAGGUACCAGAAGGGUUGCAUCACCUAACGGCUCUUCAAGACCUUGAAAUAGUUGGAUGCUCAAGUCUGGUUUCUUUUCCAGAUGUUGGUCUGCCUCCUUCCCUUGAAGUCAUAAGCAUUCGGAUGUGUGAUUUGUUGCUGUAUUUCGCAAAAUACCAGAUUCCCCCAAAUCUAAGAAGAAUAGAGAUAAGGAGGUGUAAAAGUUUGAAAUCAUUAGUAGAGAAAGAGGAGGAUAGUUCUUCGUCUUCCUCUUCUUCUCAUAUUUCUCUUGAGCACUUGGAAAUAGGGGGAUGUGAAUCUCUAACGUCGUUAUCAUUGAGAGCCCAGUUGUUUCCCAGGGCGCUUAAAUGCCUUGACAUAUCCGAUUGUGGAGAGCUGCAGUUAAUAACAUCCGAUGGGUUCUCCCACGACAACACUAAUUAUUGUCUUGAAUAUAUUAGCAUCAGUUUUUGCCAAAAUCUGAAAUCCUUACCGGAGGGCCUAUGCCACCUCACAAAUCUUCGAACUUUAUAUAUUCAUGAUUGUGGGAAUCUGGUUUCCAUCUCGAGCCUGAGUGGUGAGGGUUUGCUUUCGCCAACAACAACAGCCGCCUCCAGCCUGAGACAAAUCAACAUCGAAAAUUGCAACAAAUUGGACAUGUUACCGGACAUGCUCAAUCUCAAUUGUCUUCAGCAAUUUUCUAUUGAUUACGGUGAAGGUUUAGAUUUCACUUCCUUUCCCCCCAACCUAACAUCACUUGAAAUCAGCGGAAUCAAGAAUUGUAAGCCACUGUGGGAGUUGUUGCACAGGCUCACCUCUCUUACAUACUUGGGGGUCGAUGGCGAAGACCCAUAUGUUGUGUCGUUUCCACCCGAAGGUGAUACGGAUAUGGAUAUGGAGAUGCUGCUCCCCGAAUCUCUCACUCAUCUCUCAAUUGGGGGCUUCCCAAAUCUGAAGAAACUGAGCAGCAAGGCCUUUCAAUUCCUCACCUCUCUUCAAUAUCUUCGACUGCAGAAUUGUCAAAAGCUGGCAUCCAUUCCAGAGGAGGGGCCUAUUUCACUGAGGGAACUUCAUAUCAUUAGGUGUCCUCUGCUAAAAGAUAAAUGCCCUAAUUAUAUCAUUGGGUUUGAAAUUGAAGGACGAUACCUGCCCAAUUUAUCCCACAUCCCCCGCAUACAUAUAAUUUAGAUUAGAAGAAGGUUUGAAGAUGAUGAGAACCCAUACCUACACAUGGACAUGGUCAACUCCGACUCUCACUCUCCCCAGAACUUAGUUUCUCAUCCAUAAGAAUAAAUACAGGAAGUGCAUUUAAGCCAGAUUAGAUCAACAAAUUCACAUCACUUCAAGAUGACCGUCUCCCAUCCUGACUGGGGAUUCCCCAACCUCCCACUGCGAUUUACUCUUUUUAAGGCCUCGAUAAAAUUGGGUGGAAAAUAUUUAUCCUGGACCCAGUCCUCGCAUGAUGUCUGGUCCAGUGUGAGAGGGUUGAAAGAAGGGACUGCCUCUCUUACUUCCGGAGCUGCAGGGUGAAGAGCUGUGAAAAGGACUGGAUAGCAACAAGGUCAUUUCAUAUCGUGGUAACAUCAACUGAAGAUGGAACGCUUUCAAUAUUCAGAUGCUAUAUACAGCUUACGGAAGCCGAUGUUGUGUUGUGCCUGAAUAGUCUUCAAACUCCCAUCCCUUCAAGCUUCUCAAGAAACUGCUGCCGGGGUUUUCUCUCCAGAUGUUUUGCUUGCUCCUUGAUUCGAGUGUGACGCCUACAAUGGUAUUGUCCUCUUUGCAGAAAGAGUUGAAACCACCCAUUGCUACUUUCAGCAGCAAUGAGAUAUUACAUAUUCAUAUACAGAAUUCUUAUUCCAUCCUCAAUCAAAUAAGAUAUGCACCCUUGCUUAGGCACUGAAUUGUUGAUGACCAAUUUGGUUGUGCUGACAUCUUCAUUGUUUGUUGUUUUCUUUGUUUCUUUUGGCUCAUUAGGAAUUACUUAUAUUCUUUGGUGUUUGCAUGUCAUCUCAAUUAUGUUGGGUCUUAGACUCUUAGCCGAUUCUGAAUUUUUGUUCUCUAUAGGAUUAUAUGUUGAGCUGAGUUGACAUGUUUAUGCAUGUCCUAACCAUUUUUAUGAGUGACAUUCACCAGUAACAGUUAAUCAAUAAGAUAUUUUAUA